AAGGUGAUGCUCUUUUAAAAAGCCUCCAUACUCGGCUAGAAAGAUUUACAAGUCAUGUAAAAAAUCUUGAAAAAGAAGAUGGUUUGUUAAAGGAAGAAAGCCGUACCUAUGACGAUAUUGUUUUUGUAGAUGUUAUUGACACUUAUAGAAAUGUUCCAGCCAAACUGUUGAACUUCUACCGAUGGACAGUUGAAUCAACGAGUUUUGAUUUGUUGCUGAAGACAGAUGAUGACUGUUACAUUGAUUUGGAGGCUGUUUUUAACAGGAUAAUGCAGAAAAAAUUGGACAGGCCAAACAUUUGGUGGGGAAAUUUCAGACUAAACUGGGCAGUUGAUCGAACUGGGAAAUGGCAAGAGCUGGAGUACCCAAGUCCUGCAUAUCCAGCCUUCGCUUGCGGGUCCGGCUAUGUCAUCUCCAAAGACAUUGUUCAGUGGCUGGCAAGCAACUCUGAAAGAUUAAAGACGUACCAGGGUGAAGAUGUGAGUAUGGGCAUCUGGAUGGCAGCUGUAGGACCCAAGCGGUAUCAAGACAGUCUGUGGUUGUGUGAGAAGACGUGCGAGAGCGGCAUGCUGUCUUCCCCCCAGUAUUCUCCACAGGAACUGAGAGAGCUCUGGCGAUUAAAGGAACUGUGUGGAGAUCCCUGUAGAUGUGAGGAGAGAUGAUGGACUUCCCUUGGAAUACAGGGUAGCGUGUAACGAUCAUGGGAAAGUGUACAUUUGGAUUCAUUCUUAGACCAAUGAGGAAUAUUGAGGCAUCUUUUAAUGUGGGGUUUCAAUUAAAAUAUAACAAUAUUUGCACAUCCCUUUUGAUAAUGACAAGUGGACUGAUACUAUUCAUUUUCUAUAGUGUAGAUGUUGAUCUGACAGAAACCAAAAUGUUGAAGAUUUAAAAAAAAAUUUCAUUUUUAUAUAAAGUCAAAUACCUACUUGCAAUUAAUAAAUGCACAUAAGAAUGCCAACUAGCCUGUCUUUUGUAAAUUAAAGUACUACUGAUUUAACUCAGUAUAGAGCUGUACCAGGAUGCAGCGGAGAGCUGUGCUCAGCACCAGGGCAUCUGGUAAGUCGUGCUGCAG